ACUACAUCCGAUCACCCAAAACGGAGCUGUUGCUCCUUGCUACUAAAAAAUAGUAAAAAAAAAAGUAAAAAAAUAAAUUAAAACCAAAGACAGGAAAGCAGACGACGGUAAAGCAAUCAGUUCAUCUUUCAUAUCCAAUUUGUAGCGUUACGAAUUUCGCGCCAAAAACAAUCCAAGGAUUACGGGAUACGAAUUGCCACUCAGACUUUGAUUCAGUUUCGGUUUCGCAAUUCGCAGUUCGCAAAUUCGGUUGCAGAUUGUGUCGAAUCUUCAGUUGCAUAACUGCUAGUAAUAAUCGCAUCGUGUUGUGUGCUUCUUUUGGUUCAGUUUGUUUGCAGCCGGCAAUGCUCGAUGCAGAUGCAGCAGAUGCGACCAUCGUAGUCCCAAACGCCUGACAAGGAAAACGACAACGAAAACGAAACCGAGUGGGAAAUAAUAAAAUAUAUAACCCAAGUGACUGUGAAAGUAGCGAACGGCCAGGCACAGAUUCAGAUAUUCAAUUACUAGUCUGCUGGUGCAGUGACGCCACACAAUGAGAAUCCAAAUCUUGCUCCUGACACUCUUGCUGGGCCUCGUCUGCGCCCAGGCCGUGGAUGCGGAGGCCAAGAGCAGCCAAGUCAAGCCGGCGGAAGACAGCAAGAGCUCCGCCUCCACGCCACUGGAAUCGGAGGCGACCAAAGACAAGCGACAGGUGAACUCCAAGGAGACGUCUCUGUACCCCAACCACCGCAGCUCGGCAGCAUCGCCAUCCGCCAGCGAUGAUCCCGAGGAUGGUCAGGAGACCAUCUACGGCUCCAAGCCGAAUCAGUUCAUCAUCCGACCCAUUGCACCGCACCAGCAUCAACAGCACGAAUCUCACCAGGAGCCGCAGUUGAGGAACUUUGCGGCAGCCAAUUCCCGACCCCAUGCCGCCCAACUUCUUGAGCAGAGUCAGGAGGUGCAGCACUACGUGUAUCUGCAAGAUAUAAUGCGCCAUCAUCAGCCCAAGGCUCUGCUGGCCGCAGGUCAAGGCAAGGGUGCGGCCAGUGUGCCCAAGAAGUCAUCCACUCCGGUGGCCGAGGAGGAGCAGGAGCAGGAACAGGAGGCGGAACAGCGAUACGCGGUGUCCAUUCAGCCGCAGCCGCAGCAACAGAUACAGCUCCAGCAACCACGUCCACGUCAGUACCAGGGUGUGGGUCCCUAUCAACUGCCAUUGCCGCUGCCUGCGCCAAAGCAUCGGUCGGUGAAUCCCCAACAGCAGCAGCAGCAGCAACAACAUCAGCAGCCCUACCAAGUGAUUCCCGAAGAGCAGUUUCUUAAGAUCCUGGAGGAGGAGCUGCAGGCUAGAGCCUAUCAUGAGCAACUUCGUCAGCAGCAGCAGCAUCAACAGCAGCAGCAGCACCAACACCAACAGCAGCAGCAGCAACAGCACCCCAAGCAAUUGCCCAUCCACAGCACGGCUGCCACUCACAAAGUGUUGCAGCAGGCGGAUCCCUCGUUGGGAUUAGGCGGCUAUCGCGAGCGUUUUGUGGCCGAGCAGGAGCUGGUGACUCCAACUUAUUCGCAUCCCCGCGGUGGUCCCAAAUAUCUGCCCUUGCCUCAGGCGCAGCAAAUCCAAGAGGAUGAUGAGCCACAACAGCAACAACCGCAGCGUGUGCAGCUCCACAAACCGAUACCCCAUCCCGGCCAGCAACUCAUCCAUGGACUGCCACCCCAGAUUGCCUACUACCAGCCACAGAUAAGCUACAAGACCCUGCCCAACCAUCCACUGGCGAAAUCGUCUCUGGAAAGUGAGAUUGAGAAAUUGCUGGCAGCCAAUAAGCCUGGACAAUCGUUGGCCUACGUGGACAGCAGCAAUGAGCAGGUGGCGACAAGGCAGCCCGCUCCGCAGCACCCACCACCACCCACAUCGCAUCCCGCGCUGAGGCAACCCAAGGCAUACCUGGCCAGUACGCCCAACUCCCUGCUGGAUGCCAAUAACCAACCGUUCGUUCCAUCGCUCUUCAAGUUCAGCAACUAUCAGCAACCGACGCCAAUUUAUCCCACGCCGGAACCCAAGCGAUUGGGACCCGUCGUCUAUCCCACACAGCAGGCCAAUCAGCCGCAGCCCUCGCAGUAUUACUACCAGGAGGCUACGCCCACCGGGGCACCCAAGCCGAGCCCCAUUCCCAAGCAGUACCACCGAUCCAAGCACUACAAGCUGGCUUCGCCCGCUAAGGCAUUGCUCUAUGCCGAUUACGAACGUCAGGGAUCGCCUUCUCCACCGCCGCCGUCCAACUUCUAUCCCAGUCCGCCGGAUCCGCUAAAGCAUUCCCAGAGAAAUCUAGCAGUCACACCCACUGCUCUGCCGCUCCACGCUGAAUAUCCUUCACCGUCUCCGUCACAGUCCAGUAUCUAUGUGUCCCAGGGAACUGGAAUCGCCACACCAUCCCGUCCCACGCCCACUACAGCUCCUAUUCAGAAGCUACGGACUCUGGAUGAAGUGAAGCAAUUGAAUCUGCCGCCUCCGAAUGGCAAGCCCCUGACCCAGGCCGAAUUCCAAGCUCUUGUGGACGCAGGAUAUCCGGUGAAGGCAGUGCCCGUGCCAGUUCCCGUUCCGUAUGAGCAGUACGUUAAGGAUCAUCCGGAGUACCGCAAUCACCCGCCUGUAGACUACGCUCACAUCAUGCGCCUGGCCACGCGGCAAUUGGCUGCCCAUCAGCAACACAGAUCGCUGGCUGCUCCCUCGGAGCCGUCGGUCAAGAUCCUGUCCACUCCGUCCGCUGGAGAGCUGCAUCAGCAAACGGCCACAGGCAUCGGCGGCGGUAGUAUCACAUAUUUGCAACCCAUCGAGGGUCAAUCCCAUCCCCAUGCCCUGGCCCAUGUCCAUGCGUUGCAGAAGAGGAGGCCGCGUGAUGAGCAGGAUACCGCCGUGGCGGGCAGCGAGCCCAAGGCGGCAGCUCCGAAGGCGGAGUCAGCGAAGGCGAAGGUGCAGUGAACCCAUGUCCUGUUUUAGUUAAAAUGUCCUUGUCUAGUUUGUAAGUAUUGUAAAAAUGUUUCAGCAC